AGCACCCAGGCGGAAGGUUUUCACCGUUGUGUGGGUAGUUUCCACCUGCCGUUCCGGAGAGGGCAAGAGGUGUGCUUGGAGGCGCGGGAGGGUUAGUUUCUUUCCCUGCCCCCACCCCACAUUCCCGGUGGUACGGCCUCGGGUCAGAUCUGAGGCGAGGCGGUGUAAGGCGCUGUCAGAGCUGUGUGCGAGGUUCAGCCUAGUGCCGGUACCGGGAGCCGCCCCGCCACCGCCGCAAUGGAACCCCACCGCUGGCUGCCCCUGGAGGCCAAUCCCGACGUCACGAAUCAGUUUCUUAGACAGUUAGGUAUACAUCCUGACUGGCAAUUUGUAGAUGUUUAUGGUAUGGAACCAGAACUGCUUAGCAUGGUGCCAAGACCUGUCUGCGCAGUGCUACUUCUCUUUCCAAUAACAGAAAAGUAUGAAACGUUCAGAACAGAAGAGGAAGAAAGAAUAAAAGCUAAGGGUCAAGAUGUCAAAUCAUCAGUGUAUUUCAUGAAGCAGACCAUUAACAAUGCUUGUGGAACAAUUGGAUUAAUUCAUGCUAUUGCAAACAACAGAGAGAAAAUAAAUUUUGAAACAAAUUCUUCACUGAAAAAGUUCCUAGAAGAUUCAUUAUCUAUGACUCCUGAAGAGAGGGCCAAAUAUCUAGAAACGUAUGAAGCUAUUCGUGUCACUCAUGAAUCCAGUGCCCAUGAAGGUCAGACUGAGGCACCAAGUAUAGAUGAAAAAGUAGAUCUUCACUUUAUUGCAUUAGUUAAUGUAGGUGGUCAUCUCUAUGAACUGGAUGGGCGCAAGCCAUUUCCAAUAAACCAUGGGGAAACCAGUGAUGAUUCUUUUUUAGAGGAUGCAAUAGAAGUUUGCAAGAAAUUCAUGGAACGUGACCCAGAAGAGCUAAGAUUUAAUGCAAUUGCACUGUCUGCAGCUUAAAAGUCUUUUCUGGUGGGGUUAAUUUGUUGCAAUGUAUUGUAACAAUAAAACUGUUGCCAUAUGUUAAUAAUACAAAUUUUGAUACUUCUCUAACACGUUGAUUAAUUGCAGCAUACGUAGAAUAAAUUUUGCAUUUGUCCUUGUUAUAUCUUGCUACUUGUUCCUAAAGCAACUUUGAAUAUUUAUAUACAUGCAUGCAUUUUGUGCAAGACUUCUAUGUGGUGGGUUUUUCUCCUUCCAUCCUGCCCAUCCCCCUCCCCCCCUUAAAAGUUUUGGGAGUUACUGUCUGUGAUAUGUCAUCACAAUAAUGAUGAGCUACUUCAGAGCAGGAUUAUCAUUUAUAUUAUUAAUGAUUAACAUUUUGAGUGGAUUAUGUAGUAUGUUAAUGGAUAAAAGCUUGAAAGAUGAAGACAGCCUCUUUAUUUCAGUUAUGAUACAACCAUAUUAUAAAAACUUUUGAAGCUGACUCAAAGGACAAAGACUUUUUUUCAGUGUGUUAUUUAUAAAUAAAUACAUGGAAGAAAAAAGGGCAGAAAAAAGACUGUUUCUUCUUACUCUUGGUGGCCAGUAACAUUUUCAAAUUAUCUUUUCCUUUUGAAUAAAGCUUAUUUUUUUCUCUCAAGACUAAUAAUGUUAAUAAAUUGUCAAAAAGCCUUAUAUAAACCAGUGUUUGCCAUUUGUAGAUGUGGACGAGCCACAUGGAUUUUUGCCCCAGAAAAGACAUGCUAGUUCAAAUGCUAGGACAGCAGAGAGCACAUCGAAGCAAAGAUAGCACGGCAAAGUACCUCUCUAAACCGAAAUAAGUAAUAGUAAACUUAUGGUUGCUGCAAUGAAAUUUUGUGUAGCAAGAGCAGAAACAGGCUACAGAUUUUAAGAGAACCACGAUGCUAGUAUACUUUUUCCCCCCUCUUUAGAAGUAUCUAUUGUUAACUUGGUCAGGUGGCAUUACUGAAUGCUUUGUGAUAUCCUUCCUCUGUGCUAUCCCUCCCAUUCCCUGGGUCUUAAGGUACUGUUUACCAUUUCUACGCUUGAAUUAGUAGCAACUUGGUUGUUGUGGGGGUUGUGUGUUGGGUUUUGGGAUUUUUUUUUUUUGGUUGGUGGGUCAAGAUUUUUUGGAAAAGCAAUCUUAUGUUUUAUGAUUCUUGUGAAGGCUUCUUUUGGUUAAUUGUGCAUUUGUUUGACAUUCCAGAAAAAUAUUCCUUAUUUGUUGCUUUGAAGUGAAAUAAUUCAGCUUUGCUUCCAAUCAAGCCCUCUGCCAAAGGAAAUUGAACCCAUGGCAUCCAGCGGAUGCUUUCAUUCUUUAUCAAUUGUCAUUGCAGGAAAGAUGAAGAGGGUUAUGCAAGAAGCAGUCUGGCAGAGUUUUCCUUGUUUAGAGAAAAGAAAGAGACCUGGGAGUCUAUGUUAUCCCUCAAGAACAUCUUUUGCACUCUAAAGGAAAAAUUGGAGUGUCCGUUUAAAACAUGUUACCUGGAGAGUCCACUGGCAGCAAGGGUCUGUUUUCUACAAUUCAGCUAGUUGAAGUGAGGGGCAGUAACAGCACUGAUGAGCUUCUAUUUUUGAGCACUUUUUCUUUCCAAUAAAAUGCAGUAUUGUUAA